AUGAUACGGUUGCAUUUGUUGCUUUCCGUAAUUUUGUGGAUUUCGAGAACUGUUGAUGCUGUGCUAUUGCGCAAAAAGCAUGAAUUACUUAUGGAUGACGUGCCUUGUUACAUUUGUGCAGCAGAAUGGAAACUUCAAAGUGGCGGUCGAAAAAUAGUAACUGAACGGGCUAAGCUUAUUGAAGACGAAGAUAAGUGCGAAGCAACUGUGGUCCGGGAAGUAAAGAAUACCUUGACAAUGAUGCAACCAGAAUCGUGGCAAAAUACCGCUAUCGAUGGUUUCACGUUGAAGCGAGAUACUGAAGAGUUUCUGAAUGAGGAUCAAAAUUCGUUAUCAUUAGAGCAGUUCCGGAAGAAGCUGACCAUCCUCAGUUCACGUUGGGACAAAUACCGAAUACAGCAGGAUUUCAAUAAAUGGACCACAUUACGACAUUGGCUUCGUUUACCAGCUCUGCGAUUUCGUUUACAGGUUCUGGAAAAAGAUCUGAAAAAUGGAAAGCAGUCGCGACGACUCCGUCGAAUCUUACAUCGAGUCAAACAAGUACAGAAUAUUCUGCAGAAUGUUAAGAAAAAGCUGCAGGAUGUUUAUGCUAUUUUCCAUCUUGAAGGGAAAUCGGUUUAUUCAGAGAUGGUGUUACGGAAGCGUUUCGCUGCAGCCAUAGACCAUAAGCUAUUACAAUCAAGACAUUAG